AUGUUUCUCUCUCGCGUAAUUCGAGCGCGUUUAAGUCGCGGAAUCCCACGAGCACAUGCGAGUCAUCCCUAUUCAACAAAAGUACCAUCUUCCAAUUUCAGAAGGAAUAUCGCUCUUUUUGGGUUUAUCAGUUCUCCGGGCCUUUGGUGGUUGACAACAACGCGGGAUGAUGUUCCACGCUUCGAAGGUUCCCCAACAGCUCAAUUGAACCUUCCACCUGGCCCAUCUAAGGAUGAAGUCACCCAAAUUGUCUCGGAAGGAGCAUAUUCUCACAAAGUCGAUAAUGUUUCCGGUGUUGAUCGAUACUAUGGUACACAAUUAGCUUCCAACAGCCCUUGUGAGGACAAAUUUCUCCAUGGUAAACUCCCAUCCCCUCGGAACGAUGGCAGUCAAUGGAUGACUUGGGCUGUUUUCGAUGGACAUGCCGGGUCGCAGACAGCCGAUCUAUUGGAGAAGCAGCUGAUGCCUUUCUUGGCGCACAGUCUUGGUCAAAUGAAGUCUCUCCCAAGCAACGACUCCGUGGCUGAAGAAUCGAUCCAUGAUGCUAUCACUAAAGGGUUCAUGGAUCUCGACAAAGCAAUCAUUGACGACGCUGCUGAAUUGACGCGAAGCAAAAUCCCACUGCACGAAAAGGUGAAGCUGCUGGCUCCUGCCUAUGCCGGCUCUUGCGCUCUCUUGUCUCUCUAUGAUCCCGUCUCAAGCAAAUUGCAUGUGGCCUGCACCGGUGAUUCCAGGGCGGUUCUAGGGCAAAAGGGUCCGGAUGGAAAAUGGGAGGCAAUUCCGUUGUCCAUUGAUCAAACAGGCUAUAACACGGAGGAGGUUGAAAGGUUGCAAAAAGAGCAUCCUGGGGAAGAAGAGAUGGUCAAGAACGGCCGCGUACUGGGAUUGGCAGUAUCUCGUGCGUUCGGCGAUAGCCGGUGGAAAUGGUCUCUGGAAUUUCAGAAAGAAAUGAAACAAAACUUCAACGGGCCCGCGCCCUUGACGCCUAGAUACGAUGUGCGAACACCACCCUAUCUAACCGCAGAACCGGUCAUUACAUCGACGAAGAUCGACCCGAGCAGGCCCUCAUUCCUUAUUAUGGCUUCGGAUGGCUUGUGGGAUAUGCUUUCAAAUCAACAAGCGGUCGACUUGGUGGGAAAGUGGCUCGAGCCAUCAGAGAAAAGAGUGGAAUUGGAACCAACCUACGAACCAUUCGACUUUGGGCAAUUUUUGAAAGGGAUGAACUGGAAGUUCAUGGAGGAGAGAACAACUGUGCAAGAUGAGAACGCUGCGGUUCAUCUUGUACGCAAUUCCCUUGGAGGAAAUCAUCAUGAGUUGAUCGCAGGUCGUCUAGCAUUUGGAGCCCCCUUCUCCCGCCACAUUCGAGAUGACAUCACUGUCCAAGUGGCUUUUUUCAAUGUUCCAGAUAUUCAAAGUAGAUAG